AUGUCCUGCGCCGUGGAAGGCGCACGUUGGGGACCAUCGGCCCUUCCAGCCUGUGAAUACCGACAAAAGGCGAAACGCGUAAGCGAGCCCACUAGCGGUAGAUUGGGGAUCCGCAGGAACCAAGGAUCCGGAGCGAACGUGGCGUCCAACGAGCCCAACACCAGCGCCGCGGGCAGUGGCGCGGAGUCCGCCGCCCUGUUCUCGAAAUUGCGUAGCUUCUCCAUUGGCAGCGGACCCAACUCGCCGCAGCGUGUCGUCUCCAAUCUGCGCGGAUUCCUCACCCAUCGCCUGAGUAACAUCACACCAAGCGACACAGGAUGGAAAGACUCGAUUCUGUCGAUUCCGAAGAAAUGGCUCUCCACCGCCGAGUCCGUGGACGAAUUCGGAUUCCCUGACACUCUACCCAAGGUGCCCGUUCCGCCGCUCGAUGAAACGAUGGCCGACUACAUCCGCGCCCUCGAACCGAUCACCACUCCCGCCCAGCUGGAGCGGACCAAGGAGCUCAUCCGUCAGUUCACCGCUCCCCAGGGAAUCGGCCAGCAGCUGCAUCAAUAUCUCCUCGACAAACGCGAGGCGGAGGACAACUGGGCUUACUACUACUGGCUGAACGAGAUGUACAUGGACGUUCGCAUCCCCUUGCCGAUCAACUCGAAUCCGGGCAUGGUGUUCCCGCCGCGUCGCUUCAAGACAGUCCACGAUGUGGCCCACUUUGCUGCCCGCCUGCUGGACGGCAUCCUCAGCCACAAGGAGAUGCUGGACAGCGGGGAGUUGCCACUGGAGCGAGCCGCCUCCCGGGAGAAGAACCAACCGCUGUGCAUGGCGCAGUACUACCGUCUGCUGGGAUCCUGUCGUCGACCAGGAGUCGAGCAGGACUCGCAGUAUCUGCCGUCGCGGGAGCGACUGAACGACGAGGAUCGGCACGUGGUGGUCAUCUGCCGCAACCAGAUGUACUGCGUCGUCCUGCAGGCCAGCGAUCGUGGCAAGUUGUCCGAGAGCGAGAUCGCCUCGCAGAUCCUCUAUGUCCUCAGCGAUGCCCCCUGCUUGCCCGCUAAGCCAGCUCCAGUGGGUCUCCUGACCGCCGAACCAAGGAGCCGGUGGGCCCUCGACCGGGAGAUGUUGCAGCAGGACGAGCGCAACCAGCGCAACCUCGAGCUCAUCGAGACCGCCCAGGUGGUGCUCUGCCUGGACGAACCCCUCGCUGGGAACUUCAAUGCACGCGGUUUCACCGGUGCCACGCCCACUGUCCACAGGGCCGGGGAUCGGGACGAGACGAACAUGGCCCACGAGAUGAUCCACGGCGGAGGCAGUGAGUACAACUCCGGGAACCGAUGGUUCGACAAGACCAUGCAGCUCAUUAUUUGCACCGAUGGAACUUGGGGCCUGUGCUACGAGCACUCCUGUUCCGAAGGCAUUGCUGUAGUCCAACUGCUGGAGAAGAUCUACAAGAACAUCGAGGAGCACCCGGAUGAGGACAAUGGGCUGCCGCAACACCACUUGCCACCUCCGGAACGUUUAGAGUGGCAUGUUGGCCAGCCAAUACAGUUGCGUUUCACUCAGGCAGCUCAGACCGUGGACAAAUGCAUCGAUAACCUGGACUUCUACGUGUACCGCUACCAGAGCUACGGCAAAACCUUCAUCAAGUCGUGUCAGGUCAGUCCGGAUGUGUACAUCCAGUUGGCCCUCCAACUGGCCCAUUUCAAGCUCUAUGGACACCUGGUUGCCACCUACGAAAGUGCAUCCACACGGCGAUUUCUGCAUGGUCGAGUGGACUGCAUCAGAGCCGCCAGCACGGAGGCGUUGGAGUGGGCCAAGGCCAUGUGCCAGGGCGAGGGCGCCAAUGUUCCCCUGGAGAGCGAUAGGGAGGACGAGGAGGAGUCACGCAAGGUCAAGUUUAGCAUUUACAGUAAGGAUCAUCUGCGUGAGCUGUUCCGCUGUGCCGUCGCCCGCCAAACGGAGGUGAUGGUGAAGAACAUCCUGGGCAACGGCAUUGACAUCCCGCUCCUCGGCUUGAGGGAGGCCAGCAUAGAAGUCACCGGCGAGAUGCACGAGCUUUUCAAGGACGAGUCCUACAACAUCUCGCAGUGCUUCCUGCUCUCCACCAGUCAGGUGGCCUGCACCACGGAUAGCUUCAUGGGCUACGGACCAGUGACGCCACGUGGUUAUGGCUGCUCCUACAAUCCACAGCCGGAGCAGAUCGUCUUCUGCGUGUCGGCCUUCUAUUCCUGCGAGGACACGAGUGCCUCGCGAUAUGCCAAGUCGCUGCAGGACUCGCUGGACAUAAUGCGUGAUCUGCUGCAAAAUUAGGAGAGCAGAUACCCCCAAUCCAGCAGAUACCCCCAAAAAUAAAGGAGGGGCAAACAUACAAUACAUAUCAGUAAAUGUACCUUAGCAGGUUAGCGAACGAAACUAAGUAAGUGUAACUAGCGAUCGCCCGGGCGUUUCAUUUUGUGACCAAGCACCACCAAGCGAGCCACCCAACGAGGGGUGGGAUGGAGGAUCCGAGGGAUCGAGGAGGAAUACGAUUACGAUAUCGAAAACUAAAGUCAAUCACUAUCAAGUUGAGACAGAAACUAUACGCAACCCAUUCGCUUUACAUAUCCGUUUACCUAAGUAUCCUCGUAGUUGAAGUUAGAGCAACUCUAGUCAAUUAAAUGUUUUAGAGCCAUUUUAUGCGCAAACUGUUAGUGCUGUUAUCUAAGUGUGUUACUUGUGCAAUUUAAAUUAUGAGUGUUAUACUAAUUCACAUGCUACCCAAAUUAGCUGAGCUUACCAACUUGUUUACCCUAACUUACUGUACGCGAAUUAUGGGGCACAGGCCCACGAGUAUGCAAUACUUUUCGUUACGAGCGUUGAGUUUUGAAUUCGUUAUAUAGGUGUUACAAAAGAUACUAGCUAAAACAUAUACUAAAAGUACUCUCUAUGCUUGUUACUGCAAUUUCGUUGUUGUUCGUUUGAGAAUUUAUUAGGAAAUUAUAUAGUGUCUGUUGAGAUAUUUCCAUAUACUUCGUGUUUUAGAGAGCAAAUGGUAUACCGUAACUAAAGGCUUUUUGGAUGAAUAUAUAUGUACAACCCGUAACAAUAUGAAAAACGUAGAGGAAUAUAUAGAGAAUAUCGAGCCUUAACCGCUUAAAUAGAGGCAGGUUUAAUAUAUGUAUAUUAUUUUACGUUAAAAAAAACUAAAUAAAAAAAUUAUAAAAGUAUAUAACUGAAUUGUGUCCAUAUAUUGUCGACAACGGAAAAAUGUUUUAAAAAAUAGCAUCAAAGUAAACAUGACAGUUUUGUUAAAAAAGAGAUCUCAAAUAAUUUAAAAUUACGUAAACUUAUUAAUAAAACUCGACAAGCAAUCAGUGUUGCAUCAUUUACUUCUUAUCGGUUAUAUUUUUUUAGCGGUUAAGGAUCGAAAUAAUGUACGCGUAUAGACUUGAGACGUAACAAUACAUAUCAAUAAAUUUAUAUACACCCCAGGAAGGCAAGAAGAAGAGAUUGAGAUUGCAGCUAACCUAUAUGUGUUUGUCUGUUCAAGCCGUUAGUGAAAACGUAUGUUUGGAUGGCGAUUCCAAGCCAUCAAUAUUCUACAAAAAUAUAUACAUAAAUAUUAUACGUAUGUUAUUUACAAGAGAAAUUAUAUGAGAAACGUUAAAGGACAACCAGAUACAUAUAUCAAACUAGUUGCUGUGUUCAUUGUUGCUAUAUAUGUAUGAUUAUCUUCUAAACUGUUAACCGAACUAUCGCUACAAACUAUCCAAUCCUAUCUGUCCUGUAUUCAAUCUGUGUAUUAUUGCGUUACCUUACUGUUUGUCGUUAAGUUUGAAUUGUUUUCAUGGCCAAGAGCCGCAAUUAAUGUAUGCAAAAAUAAUCACGAACCGAAUAAAAUAAAAUAAAUGCAUUACAAAUCAA